CUGUAUCAGGGUGGCGCACCAAAGCCGUGGGCGGCCCUCCAGACGAUGCAGGUUUGGCAGACGGUCUCUAGCAGCCGGCAGCGUGCCCGCAAUGCGGAACGGAUCACCAAGAAGUUGCAAGAAGAAGUGAAGCAACGGGCCGUGAAACGUGCCUAUGAUCAGAUUGGAGCGUUUGAAGAUCACUGGCGGUACCUCAAGGAGAAAACAGCGCGGGAAGAAGCGGAAGAAGAAGCGGAGUUGGUCCGCCUUUCUGAGGGCUGGUCCCGCGCUAGAGCGGUUCAGAUGGAACGUCAGCUUGCAGCCACAUUGUUGGAGAAUAGUAGUGAGACGAGUAGUGUCAAGAGUGCCACCACCAACCUCAUCCGCAAUAGUCGAUCUGAGUCAACCUUGGCAUCCAGAGCAUACUUGGACCGAUCUGAAGUCCUCCACGCGUAUCGUCCCCCCUCCCCGCUCCACCUCUACGACUACGGUGGCAUCACGGUGCGGCCGCGGUCGCAGCAGCAACAGCUGCGGGGAGCCACGGGGCGUCCGGCGUAUCGCCGGGAGUUUUUGGGCGUCUACUUUCCGGACCCAGAAUUUAAGCAAGGACCUUAUGGAUCUAGCCUGCAGGAUCCCAUCCUGAUGCCUCCAAUGCACUGGGUCAAAAGUCAACAGUACAGCAGCCCCCCGGAGCGCUACAACGGUGAUGCGAGCGACCUGCGUCCGCGCACGGCGGAGGGCCACAAUCGGCCCAUGAGGGAGUCGGUGGCCAAGACGGUACUGACGCAGCACGAAGACACCAAGUCCAAGACACCAGUGAGGGGCAAUCGAGCGCAUGCGAUCAUCCUGAAGACCAGGAAGAAUGCGAUGCGAAAACGCGAUCAGGAAGCCUUCAUUGAACAAGCUAGGUUUGAACAAGGUCAAUUUGAGGGGCGCUUUGCCAAUCCCUUGCAGAAGAAUUCGGGCUGGCCCAAUGAGGAAAUGAUCAACGAACUCAGGGACAUUGGUGCUGACGCUGAGAAGGCUCCGGUCCGCUCCGCCUGGGAGGGAACCUUCCCCGGUCUGACUGCCCUGGCCAAGCACAUUUUUCUGAGUUUGCAUAGUGUCAUGAGGAAGCGGCGCGCCAAUCUGAAGCACCUCUUCAAAUACGUCAACCAUGGCAUUCCAGGUAUCUUGGAGCCUCAUGAAUUUCUGGAAGGUUUGCAACGCUUGGGCAUCGUGGAGCGGGGCCAGUGUUCAGCGCAAGAGAUGGCGGACUUGAUGAACGAUUUGGAUCCCAACUUUGACGGGCGAGUGGCACUGAGCGAAGUGAACCGAUGCGUCCAAGCUACACGCGCCGUUUGUGGACGAAAGGUCUUUAAAGAUCAUAUCAGUCCUCCGGAGGUGACAAAGAAGGAAAUCAAGGAAGUCUACACUGGUUCGUUGCCUGUCGAGAAAGUCACAGUGGAACGGCAGCCGAAGAGUCUCUGGGACUUCGAGUGUUCCUUUGAGGAACUGCGGGCACAGCAGCAUGCCCUGCUGGUGCUGCACAAGGAAAGGAACGAAACCAAGCCGUCAGGGCCGGGCGUGACGUGAAACGGCGCAAGCGGGCGCUUUGGUCGUCGUGCUGCCGCCUGGACCUGGAUGUUCCCGGUUGUUUAC